CAUUCUGAUUCUCCAUUAUCUGUGUAAUGGGGAAAAAUCUAAAAUUUUUGUUUGUAAUGUCGCACUUUUAUUGUAGAUAGUAUGUGUAGGAUUUUCCAUAAUUUGUGUAACAUAAAACAAAUAUUAAAAACAUUUUAAUGACAGAACUCUUCAGGUUUGAAUAUGGUGAUAUAAGCUGAAAGCCUUUGUGUGACGAUUCUCCCGUGUUGUUGACAAGUGUAAAACAUAUGAAACGAAAAUAUUAACAAUAUGAUAACAAAAUAGCAUUAUGAAAAUGACUGAAAAAGGGUAUGAGGGAGAGCAGUCUUCUGCUUGGGACAUCCCGGGUCCGUCAUCAAUAGCUGCUAUUUUAGAUACAGUUUACACAUCAACGACGUCUGAAAAUCCGUCAAGAAGUGAGGAAAUGGAAUGUGAUCCAUUAUUCGCUGAAAGCGAUGACGAAGUCGAAGUAUUACCAUCUGCUGAAAAUGCAUCUGCAAGGAGAGCUUCAACACCUAAAAACGCUAUAUCAUCGAAUUACGUUAAUUCAACAUCCCCGAAUCAGCCUUAUGAAGUAAAUGUGGCUUCCUUGUCCCAGCCCAUACCAGCACACACUCCGGUACCAGAAGAAUAUCAGCCACUACCCGACAGCUCUAGUUCAGUAGAAUAUGGUAUUGGAAUUAACAAUCCCGAUAGCACCAAUAUCAAUGGCUCGAGAUAUCAGGAUGUUAAUAUGAGAUAUCAACCCAAGCCUAUCAAUCUUCAAGGUGGCUACUUCUAUUCUAACUACCCCCAUUACGCUAGUGUUAGACCUGCUAGGGAAUAUUUAGUUGCACCUUACUCUACAAACAAUAUGAUUGUUCUGGGUGAAGAUAGGGGUUUUGUCAAUCAGCCAAUAAAUUAUACACUUUCUGCUAAUCGCCCUCCUGUCAUCCAAGAUAGUAACAUGCCUCAUGUAGGAUAUGAGCAUAUACAACCCAAUGUCAAUGAAGGUUUCAAUCCCUUUGCUGGAAACAGAAGUCACAAUGAAUCAAGAGGGAAUGGCCUAGAAAGACCGAGUCGUAAAUUAAACAUAUCUCCAAGAAGAAAGCUCUCAAAAGAAAAUGAAGUGAACUUAAAUUUGAUAGAAGUUAGUUCAGAGGAAGAAGACAAUUCAGCAUCCCAAAAUGUAAAUUUGAUUGACAGUUCAGGCAGACAAAUGUCCAAUAUAAAUGCUGCUGGCAGUUCGAGAGCAUCAAUCAAUGAAAACGUUGCCAGGGUGGAUGUGAAACGGGAACCACAGGAGGAGACGGAGUCAUUGAAUCAAACAAAUCAAAGUCAAACCGAGCCAAUGCGCACAAACCGGCCAGCCCACCAAAAUCAUUCCCCGGGGGCGGUUAGAUACAAAUGUGCCAAGCAUCGUCAUCCAGUACAAGUGAAACAGGAGCCACAUGGAUGUGCCUGCAGGAGCAAUCACUUGCAUUCAUGCUCGCAUCACAACCAGAACGCUCAAAGGUCCAGUCCCAACUACUUCAACUACCGCAACGGAUCUCACCACCAUCGCCCAACAUUCCCUUGCGCUCACAACUCAUCGGCAUCAACGAAUCCCGUCGUAGCUAAUAUCAAAGAAGAACCUAGCACCCACCCGGUUAUCAAAGUGGAAUCGCAGGAUGUAGAUAAUGAACCUAAUGUAGGAGUUAUUAAGGUUGAAACUGCACCGGUUGUAGUGAAAUCCGAGCCAAGUGUGUCGAGUCCGCAAAGGAGUAAGCAGGGUAGCAGUUCGGUGCAAGUGAAGCAGGAGACAAGGUGCUGUGAUGUAGAAGCCGGCGGCGAUAGAAGGAUAAAGGAAUCCUCGCCUCAACCGGGGACGAGCUCGGGACGAAAUGCACAAGAAAAUAGUACGUCGGCUAGUCAGAGCGCUAGUUCUUAUCAGGAAGCUCAAAGAGGUGCAGAUGCAGCAGAUGCAGGUGCUGGUGCAGGUGCAGGUGCCAGCGGUAACAGAAAUGUUCUAUCUGCUCCGGAUCUACAACUCGAUUGGGUCUCCGAUUCUAGUUCUGAUGAUGACGUGCAGUUGUUAAGAGAAGAACAAAACACGCGCGAAGUGAUCGACUUGACCAGUUCACCUCGCGGUCAAACACCGGAAGUGGAGAAUCGUUCGCGGCCGCUGUUCGAGUCUGUACCGCAUCGAGACCCGCCCUUAUACCACACGCCGCCAGUACCGACGCACGCGCACGUCUUACACAGAACCAGGGUGCGUUGUUUGAUGGCGUGUCGCGGUUGUUGUUGCGCGUCUCACGGCGGUCACGGGCACGCCCACGCCGCCCACGGACACACUCACGGGCACGCUCACGGCGCUCACGUGCCGCUCGCGCCUCACGCCCACGCGCCGCAUACAACGCACAAUCCGCCGCCGCUAGCACACCUCGGCGAACGGCGUCGGGACACAAAUCCUAUAGCGCCGCCGUAUUUGGUCCACGAGAGGUUGUGGCAUCGUCAACAACAUAUGCUGGAGGUCCAACGUCGCAGUAUGAUGGGUGACAUGAGCGGUCUGGCCUCGGGCUUCUCUCAGUAUCCACCAUCAUAUAUAUCACCUCGACCCAACACAAUGCUGGCGUUCCCCGACGAUAUGGAUCAACCUCCUUCAAUAAUGUUGGAGGGUCAGCAUGUACAUCAUCAUAUGCAUCACUACCUUCAAAUGCAUCCCCCGCAUCUACACAUAUCAAUACAACCCUCGGUUAUGGGUGGUGGUUUAGGCGCUACUCAGAUGGCGGCCUUAGUGCGUGUGGCGGAGGCAGCGGAAGCGCGACGAGCGGCCCGCGGUGCUUCACGAGCUGUCAUAGAGAGGAACACAUACAGGCAUGCAUACACUAUGCCAUCCAACCACAGAGACGACAAAUGCACUAUAUGUCUAUGCGUGUUCGAGAUAGACUCGGAUUGCAGACGACUGCCCUGCAUGCACCUGUUUCAUAUGGAGUGUGUGGAUCAGUGGCUCAGCACCAACAAACAUUGUCCCAUAUGCCGAGUUGAUAUUGAAACGCAUCUCAACAAGGACGCCACGUUCUAACAGCACUUGUUUGUCCUCGAGGUGAGGUGCACUUAUUAUAGCCUGCUGUUGUAACUCCAAGCUCUCUUGCUGUAGCUCAUGUGUUAACUGUUUUUGAGUAUUACAUGUCCUGGAACACGCUCAUAUACAUUACUGUUAGAAUAAAUUUAAUUUAAAUUUACUUUGUUACAUAUUUAUCUGUGUUAUUUUAAUUUUCCUUAGUGAUUUUUUUGGGAGUGAGAAAUUUUUUUUUUUUGUAUAGUUUGUUCAAUAAACAAUCUAUGUCAUCAAUAUGUUGAUCAUUAAGCCCUAUCGUUGUGAUAUUUGAUGUCGGGUUAAAUUUUACAGGCAUUUAUAAAUUAGAUGAAAAUAACAUUGAGGUUAUGUUAUCUAUGAAAAGGUAUAUUAAAUUUGUGAAAGCUGUUAUUGAAAACUAAUGAUUGAUUGUGUGUAAAUCUAGACACGAUAUACUGUUGUGAAUCUAAAUAUUUUUUCACUUUGAACUUGCUCAAUUAUUUGAGAAAUAUGUUUACUGAUUAAGAUAUAAUAUGUAUUAUGAGCUUAUAAAAAAAUAAUAAUAAUAACUUCCGUUAAGAAAUGUCAAAAUGACAUUGCAAGAUCCUAAACAAUUUUUAUGUAACAUUUAAAGCUUUCGGAAUAGGUAUUUGAUUAAUUUUGUAACAUAAUACAUCUUUAUUUAAAAUUUAAUUUAGACGGAGACAUGGACUUUAACUAUUAAACAUAUUAACAUUUCAAAGUAAUAUAAAUUAAUAUAAGAAAUUACUCUUGCAUUAUUGAAUAUGUGACUCGAUACAGAUUAUAUAGAUUAUUUGUCACCGAUACCUUUAUAAUGAAAAAUUGCCGCAGUGAUUUAACUUUACACUGCCAAAAAUAUCAUUUAUUUAUGUGAAAAAUUCUUAUAUAUAUAUAUAUAUAAUAUUCUUAUGUAAAUAUCAUCACAGCAGCAAAAUAAUUAAAUAUAUAUUUGUAUGCAAAGAUUUUUUUUUGCAUUUUUUCUUUUAAUAUAAAAUAGGCAUUUAUUGUAAUAAUUAUGUUAAAAUGAAUAUCAUAUAUUAUUUAAAAGUGCAUAACCUCAUUUAUUAAAGUCUUUUUAUAUGUAA